GACAAAAUAGGUUUCCAAAGGAAAGCCUUUUUAGAGAAAUACAGACCAUCUAAUUUAGCUUUUGGUACUAUUACCUGUGUUUAACGCAUUUCCUCUGAUAUGUAUAAUCACAUUUGUAAUUUGGGUAUACUAAUUUGCUAAAUUAUAGUGUGUUAACUAAUUAAUUAUUCGUCAAGAAAGGUUGAGCGACUCUGACUGUUUCUCAACUGUGCGAGGACCUCACUGGAAAACGAAACAUACACGCCAGUAGCUCUGGAUUCUAAUAUAUAGCUAGCUAAAUGAUUACUUAUUGCCGCAGAUAAUAAGGUGUAGUUAAACACAUAAUGGUAGACACAGAGGAAAGAGUCGUAGGUGGUGGUGGUGCCCUAUCAUCUACCAUGAACCCAGGUGGAAAGAACAAAGAGAAUGAGAAGAAGAAGAGGUCCCGUGUGAAACAGCUGCUUGCAGACGUGAAGAAGCAGGUGGACUUUUGGUUUGGGGAUGUCAACCUUCACAAGGACAGGUUUCUAAGACGACUCAUUGAGGAGUCACGAGAUGGAUAUGUUGAUAUAUCUGUUUUGACGUCCUUCAACCGAAUGAAAAAUCUGACAACUGAUUGCAAAUUGAUUGCAAGGGCACUGAAAAAUUCAUCUGUUGUUGAGGUCAACCUAGAGGGAACUAAAGUGCGACGGCAGCGUCCAAUUGGAGAGGAUCCGAAAGAUGUAGACAACCGAACAGUCUAUGUGGAGCUUCUGCCCAAGAAAGUAACACACGACUGGCUAGAACGAGUGUUUACCAAAUGUGGAAAUGUGGUUUACGUCAGUGUACCGAGAUACAAAACCACGGGCCACUCCAAAGGGUUCGCCUUCAUUGAGUUUGAGACGGAAGAGGAGGCACAGAAAGCCAUAGAGAUGCUGAACAACCCUCCAGAGGACGCCCCCAGGAAACCUGGCAUCUUCCCUAAGACCAAGAACAGGAAGCCUAUCCCCGAUCCACCCACCCUGAACACCACACUAGACGAGGAAAAGAAAAGGAGGAAGAAGAAGAAGUCCCGGGGUAGCACCAAAGAGGACACCCCGUCACAGGCUGAGACAACAGUGGGCGGGGCCAAAGAACAAGAAAUAGAAUCUGAGUCUAAGCCCUCUGACAGGAAGAGGAAAUGCACGGCAGAGGGUGCAGAGGUUGUAGCACCUGAAGGGGGCACAGAUAAGGCCCCGGCCAAAAGGCUAGAGAAGAAGAGACGGCGGUCCCAGGCAGGGGAAAGCACAGAGAGUGACGUCCAGGGAGACAUGCCCGCUAAGCUGAGAAGGAUGAGCGAGGGGGAGGAGGGCAAGGUGAAGGAGGAAGACAAGGUGAAGGUGUGCGAUGGGAAAGAUUUGCCUGUCAAGGUUGAGGAGGAAGAGGAGGAGAAGAUGGACGACUCCCUGCUAAAAGCUAAGAGGAAGAGGAAGAAGAAGCACAAGGAGAGGGCGAAGAUUGGUGAAGAGGUCAUUCCUCUCCGGGUUCUCUCCAAGAAAGACUGGCUGAAGUUGAAGGUGGAGUAUCUGACCCUGCAAAAGAGGAGCAUGGGAGCUCUGAAGGCGUGCCUGACCAAGUUCCACCACAAGGGGGCAGGAGCAGGAGAGAAAAUGGAGAUGGACACCAGUCUCCAACAGAAACAGACAUCUUCUGAGGAGAGUAAGAAAGCAGGUGAAAAGGAGAGCCCCCUUGGCCCUCAGUUUGAGAGUGGUUGCAUCGUCAGGAUCACCCACACCACACCCUUACCUGGCAGAAAAGUCAUCAAGGACGCUCUCUCUGAGGUGUCCCCAGUGGUGUAUGUGGACACCCUAGAGGGGGAUGCCGAGGGUCACGUCCGCUUCAAGACUCCAGCAGAGGCCAAGGCCAUCAUUGACGCUCGUACCGAGCUGCAGCACAAACACAGCUGGCAGCUGGAGAUCCUUUCUGGCGACCAUGAACAAAGGUACUGGCAGAAGAUCCUGGUGGACCGCCAAGCUAAGUUGAACCGGCCCAGAGACAAGAAACGGGGCACAGAGAAGCUCAUUUCCAAAGCCGAGAAAAUCAUCAUAGCCCGGGCCAAGGAGGCCACUAAGCACAUCCGCUUCAUGGAAGACUGAUCAAGACUGUCAAGUUCUACUGUGCGUCCUUUCUUUUCUGAAUCAUUUUCGGAAUCCUUUUCUUCCCUAAGAGUUUAUUGAAAUGUCGGCCAUUUUGUCAUUCCUAAAUAGUUUGAUGUUUUUGUUUUACUGUUCAUGAGUGGUACAAGCAGAGAAGCCAUGGUUUUAAAAUUGAAUUUUAAUAAGUCAUGGUAACGUUGUGUUUAUUUUUUAAACAGCCAUUCUGUCCAAUGUAGUUUCAGUUCCACUAACUGGAAGGUUAUGUAUGUUCUACAAGCAGAAAGCAGCUGCAUUAUUUAAAUUGCGAAUAGGUUCGCUCACUAGUCUUCUUUUAUUGUGUUGUAGUGAGAGCUGCCCAGAUUUCAGUUAUGAAAUAUGAAUGUAUAUAUGCUGUACAUAGGAUUUCAAAACUUGCUCAGAGCUUCGCCCAAGAUCUGUUUUCUGUAAUUUGUCAUGGCACCGAUAAACUUUUCUUUUUGAAGUAAUGUACCUAUUUUCUAAUUAAUAAACAUACAUUUUGGUGGUUAAAGGCCCAGUGAAGUAAAAAAACAAAACGUGAAUUUCCUGUGUUUUAUGCGUUUCCACACUGUGAAAAUGCCCUUUUAGUUAAAGUGCUGUUUGAAAUUUCUGCCAGUUUUGGUGGGAUGGAGUUUCAGCCUGCCUGGAGACAUCACCA